UCCCAUACUGUGCAAUGUGCAACGCUGGCAAAAUCAAGUUGCUCCCAAUUCAGUGCAAUUCGCUGCUUCGCGGCCAAUGGAGGUUGGGACCGUGCCAUUGUACAUUGAGCCGCCGCAAGCCAUCGUCCCUGAAGAGGUGUUGCAGGCGUUGGGCCGCGCUCGCCUUCACCUUCUCGAGCAGGUGGCUCACCAGGCAAAUUCGGAGCUUUGCCAGAGCCCGUUCUCGACGCUUGAGGAGGAUGCAGUGUCCCACUUCCUCGUGCGGUUGGUUUGCUGCGACGGCGCUUCUCGACGUUGGCUGCUCGACGCAGAGGAGGCGCUGCUAAGGCGACGGCUCCAACAGGCCUCGGCUUCUGAGCGCCUCAAGGCUCUGCGUGCUGGCGUCCCAGGCGCUGAAAGCUCCGGGGCCGUGUCGUUGCACUUCACUCAGCUGCCAGUGAGUCUGCUGGCUGGACGCCGCGUGCUGCUCCGGAGAGGCCAGGCCACCGUGCAGCCGGAGGACUUCCCCGAGCUCAUUUGUGGCACCUUCCGGCGCCACCUCACGGCCGCCCUGGUGGCUUGCGCCCAGAAGGGGCCCGGCGUGCUGGAGGCAGCACCGCCGCUGAAGCGUGCGGUGGAGCAUUUGCGGCCUGACGUGGACCGCUUGCUGAACCUCCGGGACUCGGAGGACUCGGUGGAUCUGCGGCUCAGCAACUUCGAGGAGAUGCUGGAGAAGUCCAUGCCUCCCUGUAUGCAAUACCUGGUGGACUUUCAACGCGAGGGCAAACACCUCAAGCACCUGGGCCGUUUGCAGCUGCGGCCGCUUCUGCGGGAAGCUGGGCUGCCCUUGGCAGAAGCGCGGCGAUGGUGGCAGCGGGAGUUUCUGCGGGACGCAGCCGUGACCAAGGAAGACUUCGAGUUGGAGCACGUGUACCACAUCGAGCACGCCUACGGUUGCAUGGGCAAGGGAAAGCCCGCCUUUGCCUGGAGCUGCCGCAAGACCUGGGACUUCCCAAGCCCCAGGGCGGAUCAGGCCCACGGCUGCCCCUUCAAGUCCCUGGAUGACGCGCGGCUGCGGCGCCUCCUUCGCGGAUCCCGCGGUGCCGGCACCCUCAGCGAGGCGCAGGUGGAGGAAGCCUUGCGCCUCCGCGAGGCACCUGACCCGGAUGGCACCUGCCAGGAGCGGGCCUGUGCCUUUGUCUUCUCCGUGCGGCACCCGGGGGCUGAGAUCUUCACUCCGAAGCAUCCCAUGGAGUUCCUGCGGAGGAGUCGCCGCUACUACGGAAGGGACAUGUCUCAGGAGCACAGAGACAUUCAGCCGCUAGCUUCCGCGAAUUGGUGCGGUGAAGGCACGAACUUGGCGCAACUGACACUGCGCGACGGAUCUGCCAAGAUCGUGACAAUUCAAAGGAAAACUGCAUGCCAUCUGGGCCGCCAGCAAGAACAGCGAAGCGGCCCUGCCGCGGGCCCUUCCGGGUAGCCAGCCUCAGCGCCUUCGACGCGAACUUCUGCCUGAAGCCCGGCGUGG